AUGCUUGACCCAGAUCAGAAAGACAUCUCCAUGGACCUGGAAACGUAUCAUGCCAUCAUGAAAGAGUGGAUUGAAGACUGUAAGAGAAAAUGGGACGAUGGUGUCACUGAGGAACCAACAGCAAGCAUGGAAGACCUGGAAUUUAAAGUGCAUAAAAACACCUCUGAAGCAAAAAAGACACAUGUCCGGAUGAACAUUACAUCAGGAAGCUUGGAGGCCUUUGGGGGUGAUGUGUCUAAAGGGGACAUGGAGACUUCUGACUUGAUAACCUGUGUUGCGGACCUGCAGUACAACAACCAGAAGCUUCAGGAAGAGAACAACAAGCUGAAGCUCACACUGGAAGCUGUGGAUGAGACCAACAAUAAGCUGUUGGCAGAUAACGAGGAUCUCCAGCAACAAAUAAAAAGCAUCCAGCAUUCUGUGCUGAAAGCCAAGUCACUGGAAGAAGAACUAGAAGAAGCAAAAAACAACCUGAACCUGUCAGAAGAGAAGAGACAGCAGAUUCUUUGCCAGAAUAAACAGCUAAAUAUUAGGAAUAGCAUGGACACCGAUGGACUUCAAAAGAAGAUUCUGGAGCUGUCUAAAAAUGCAGCAGAGCUUCAAAUCCAAGCACAUAUCUAUGAGACCACUGUGGUGAAUAAAGAGGCAAGCUUGAUUCAGGUAGAUUGGAUAGGAUUGAUGGUCACUGAAAAUUAUUAUGGCAACCUUUCUUAUCCAGGCCUGCAGAAGAAGGAGCAGGACAUCAAAGAACUGAAGUUAACCAUUGUGGAGUGUUCCUCAAUAAUAGAGCAAGAGGAAGCCUCUGAAGCAGAGGAGCUUGUCAUGACUUCUUUACAAUGGGUAAAAGAUCCUGAUGUGAACAUGCAACAGGCUUGGGAGAGAAAACUUGUGGUUCUCAAGCAAGAACUAGGAGAAAAAAGACACCUGUGGAUCCAGAAACUUAAUCUCUUAGAAAAAUACAAAGAAUCCCUAGAUAAGGAUUUUAUUCGAAUGGCGAGCAACCUGAGGAGAACCAAGACAGAGCAACUUCACGUAAGGAAAGAGCUCUCUGCCAGGCAACGUGAGAUAGAAACUGUCAAACAGUUACAAGAAGAAACUGCUCGCCAGGCAGAAGCUCUUGGUUUAGAGCUGCAAAAAGCUACAAAGAAGCUGGAGGAUGCCAGCAAACAGGCGGAGGAUCAAGUUGAAGCCUUUCACUCUGCUUGUGAGGAAGCCGCAUCCUUGCAACGCAAGUUAGAGGAAGCCAUUUCUGAGCAGCAAAAACUCAAGGAUGUGAAUGCAGCUCUAACAAGCACUUGCCAGUUGCUUCAAGAAAAGGUGGAAGACCAGAAAAGCUGCCUUGUUAUGGAGAAAAAAUCACCUAAGUGCUCACGUGAAAAAGAGGAAGAUGUGCCAACUUCCGUAGCAAUGGAGAAAAACAACGAUAAGGAUCCGGCUGGUCCUGUAUCAGGUGUGGAUCUGUCCAAGAAGGAAUUCUGUCCCGUGAUGGAAGAACAAAAAACCGCAUUUCAAAACAUUUUAAAGCAAGACCCGGAGGUGGGCCAGGAAAAGAAAAAUAAUAAAGAGCAGAGUGAGGAAGCACCAGCUGUGGUUCCCAGUAGGAAAGGGAGUUCACCUACUGCAGGCGGCAUUAAAGCAGAUAAAACAAAGCAAAAUGAGCCUGACUCUCCUAAUGAGAAAGAAGUGGAGGCUGAAUUUCUGAGGUUGUCUUUAGGUUUUAAAUGUGACUUGUUUACCUUGGACAAGAGAGUGAGGCUUGAAGAAAGGUCUCGAGACUUGGCUGAAGAAAACUUGAAAAAGGAGAUCACAAAUGCUCUAAAGAUGCUAGAGGCUUUAGUUCCUUUGUGUGAAGAAGAUAACCAAGCGCAGGAGAUUAUUAAGAAGUUGCAGAAAAGCUUGCAGUUCCUUAGCCAGUAUGCAGCCCGAGUCGCCAGUAGAGCAGAGAUGCUGGGAGCUAUUAAUCAGGAGAACCGUGUCAGCAAGGCUGUGGAAGUAAUGAUUCAACAUGUGGAAAACCUGAAGCGCAUGUAUGCAAAAGAACACGCAGAACUUGAGGAGCUGAAACAGGUCCUGCUCCAGAAUGAGAGAUCCUUUAGUUCUCUUGGAGAUCGAGAUGAAUCUACGAAUAAAAAGCUACCAAAUUCUUUUAACUUUAAGCCAUCAUCAUCCCUUCGAAGAGUUAGCAUUGCAACAUUGCCUAGGAGUGCUGGAAAUGCAGGUAUUGGGUUGCCACUGGCCCAAUUCCAUGAACCUGAUGGAGACGAACGGAGUGAUAAAUUCAACAGGAGAUCAAGCAGUUGGGGACGAUUGGGAGCAAAGCAAAAUGAGAAGCGUCCUUCACUACAGCGGUUCAUUAGCACUUAUUCCUGGGCAGAGUAUGAAGAUGCUGAAACAAAAAAUGAGCAGUCGGAAUCACCUGCUGAAGUACAAGAAGAACCAUCAAGGAAGGAAAGUAUCUCUGAAAAAGGAAAAUAUUCAUCAAAAUGGAACCUAGAGUCAGUGUGCAAUUUAAUGUCAUCGUGGGCAUCCCAUUUCAAGAUGUCCUUUUCCAACGCUAACAAAACUCUCUGGGUUUCUGUUUCCAUCCUGGUACUGCUUGCUGCUCUUACAAGCUUCCUCACUGGGCUGUCUCUUCAAAGACCAGCAGAUGCAGCACCUGUAGGAACUGGGGACUCCUGGACUUCACUACAGCAACUGUUGUGGCCAUAUACAGGACUUCAACACAAUGGACCACCCCCAGUAUAA